GUCGUGAAACUACUGCGAACUAUCUCCUUUAUGCGUCCGCGCACACGUCCUGCUCUAUCACUGACCAGAGAUUAUUUCUGACGAUACUUCGAAAGCUUGGAUUUAUGGCUGGAAAAUGAAACGACGCUGGAGUGUGGCCACAUCAUUAUUUUGUGUCGCGUGGUAGCAGAUGGGCAGUCAGUGAAUGGCGCAGGGAUGUGACGGACAGUUUUAUAAUGUGAUUUUUCCCCCCAUAAAGCUAAAGCAGACUUCAUUUCCCUCUAUUUUCUUUUGGUCUAUAGUACUUGCAUUUUCCCCCCUCUCUGCAAUAUCAAUUAACUCAACUUCGCAGUGGAGUGGCCAAAAAGGAAGAGGAUGAAUCGGCCUCUAUAAUCUUGGUUCGAGUCAGAGGAGUUACAGCGACCAGGGUACUGCGGCUGCGACCCGCCGCGUCCUGUGCAGAUUGCAGGGCUGAUCUCGCGCAGGCGGUUAUGGAGCGGACGGUGCCCUGGACCCGCCGAGGAUAGAGACCCUGGCGGCAGGAGGGCUCCGCUGAUCUCGCGCCAGACUUGGAGGCCGCGGCUGCCUCUCACCCGCAGCAUUUUACUACCAUUAUCAUUGUUCUUGAAAAGUCAUGGAAGACGGGACACUGCCAGAUCUCAGAGACAUCGAGCUGAAGCUGGGGCGCAAAGUACCGGAGAGCCUAGUGCGCUCGCUCCUUGGGGAGGAGCUGGUUCCCCUGGAAAGGGACAGGGACCCCUGCGGGGGGAGCAGCGGAGGUGGCGGUGCCUGCAGUAGCAGCAGCAGCAGCAGCAGCAGCAGCAGCAGCUGCAGCUUACCUCCCUCCUUAUCGUCCUCCUCUUCCUCCUCCCCAACCUCUGGCUCCCCAGGAAGACGUAGCCACUCUAGCACCCUGGAGAGGCUGGAAACCAAGCUUCACCUCCUCAGGCAAGAGAUGGUCAAUCUGCGCGCCACAGACGCCAGGCUCAUGCGCCAGUUGCUCGUGAUCAAUGAGAACAUCGAGUCCAUCAAGUGGAUGAUGGAGGAGAAAGGCGCCAGCACCAGCCGAGGCAGCAGUCUCAGCGGCAGUCUGUGCAGCUUGCUGGAGAGUCAGAGCACCUCCUUCCAUGGCAGCUACAACAGCCUACAUGAUGGCAGUGAUGGGCUGGAUGGGAUCUCCGUGGGCAGCUAUCUGGACACUUUGGCAGAUGAUGUCCCAGGCCAUCAGACCCCGUCGGACUUGGACCAGUUCAGUGACGGCUCCAUCAUCGAGGACUCCCAAGCACUGCACAAGCAUCCCACAUUGGAUUCUGAAUACUACUGCUUUGGCUAAUGACCCAGGUUUUUUGCAUGGGAUUGGUGUGCAAUUAACUUGUAUUUAUCUUUCUUCUCUGCUGCUAUAUUUUU